AUGAAUUCUGAACUGACCGGUUGGCAUGUGAGUUUCUGCAGUCCUGUAGGAGCUCGAAACGCAGUGGCGCCUCCGAAUUCCGCGCAGUGCAUAGCCUUUGCGCGUUCGCUUCUUCAGAAUGUAACGGAGGCGCUGGAAAUUGAUCGCUUAUUCAAAGGAAUAAACUGCACAGAACAGAGCAUGGAAAUUUACCACAGGACGAAAACGGUCUCUGCUUGCGCACCGAAGGUAAGGGCAUUUUUCAUUUUCAUUUCUGCGCAGGACAAUUGUCUAAGCAACGUCAUGGACGACCUGCGCUACUACCGCGCUGCCAUCCAGGCCCACCCUGACCCAGAUAUAAUUCUCAGCCCCACCGUGAGGAGUAUUGACGUCUUCAUGGAAGUUGUUCAAGUUCAUGAAAACACUUUUGAUGAAAGACUGAGGCUGUGUAAAGUACUGAAGGGGUUCCGUGUUCGUGCCAUCACCAUCAACAGGAUCAUAAAUUACAUCUGGACCGAAGACUUAGAUGAGUAA